AUGUUCUACAGACCUACGAGCUUGUGUUUAGCCACCAUACUUCUACUAACAUCAGGGACCGAAUCAAAGUCCAUGGAUUGUGAUUUCGCCGCUUGUAGUAUGUGUUCCGAUUACAUGAGCAUACACACCUGCUGUCAAUACGCCUCAAUGCAAGCCCGGUGCGAGGCAUGUGUCGCGCAGUCAAAUACAGUGGAAGGCGUUCAGGCCUGUUUGGCCGAAGACUGGGAUCGAUCCAUUGGAAAGCGCCGUGGAUUACUCGGCAAGCGCUUUAUCGAAAAGAGACGUGGUAUGAUUGGGAAGUGA